AUGUCUACAACUACGACUUAUACUAUUGCCUCUCAAGCCCGGGCUCUUCUCUCGCGUGGGACAGCAGACGAGCCCAAGAGGCCAAUCCCAACAAUUGAUGAGCUGAUCAAACGACGUGCUGUUGAGUUGCAUGAUGCGCCUCUGAUCGGAUACCCGAGACAAGGCACAGUCGAUUUUGAGGAGCACAGCGCACGAGCCAUCGACAGAUACGCUGAUGCCGCCGUAGUCAAGCUCCAGCAUCUGGGAUUCAAGGCUGUUGAACCCACCACGGAAAAGCCCCCCGUCAUUGGAAUUUUGGCCCAGUCUGGGUUGCACGUUGUCAUCACCAUUAUCGCACUUUCUCGGCUUGGCUACACAGUAUUCCUUGUAUCCACGAGGCUUGCCAGCCCAGCUCUGGCUCAAUUGCUGCACCUUACUGACUGCAACACUGUCCUCACGACUGAAAAUUUCCACUGGGCUUUGGCAGAGGUCCGAAAAGAAAGGGCGUUGCUGGAAUGGAAGCCAAUUUUGGUCCAUCUAGAUUACUACGGUGUAGAUGCCCCAGUAUUUCACCGGAGCUACGACCCGGACAAAGAGACGAACAAGACAGCUGUCAUUAUCCACUCAUCAGGAUCGACUGGACUGCCAAAGCCUAUUUUCUUGACUCACGAGAACUGCAUCGCAACAUUUGCUGCCAAUCUGAACAUGCGGGCGCUCAUCGCGUCUCCUCUCUUUCACAGUCAUGGUUUCUACGAGACAUUCCGAUCAAUAUACUCUGGCAAACCCAUAUUCCUUGGCAACUAUGCCUUUCCGCUCACAAGGCAGAGUUUGAUGGACAUGGUUGAUACAGUGAAGCCCGAGCUUUUUCAUGUUGUACCUUACAUGGUCAAACUCAUUGCGGAGUCUGAACUGGGGGUGAAAUGCCUUGCAAAAGUGAAAUUAGUUUUGUUCGGGGGGAGCGCCUGCCCCGACGAUCUGGGAGACCGCCUUGUGGCGCAAGGUGUCAAUCUUGUUGCGAAUUACGGCUCAACCGAGAUUGGUCGGGUGAUGAACUCGAACCGAUCGCCUGGUGACUUGGCAUGGAACUACGUGCGAAUGCUUCCUGCGGCAAAAUCACAUGUUCUUAUGGAUGAAGUCAGCCCAGGGCUAUUCGAAUGUGUUGGGCUGGACGGACUCAAAGCAAAAUGUGCUACAAAUUCAGACGAUCCUCCGAAUUCAUUCCGGACAAGAGACCUCUUCAUACCCCACCCCACACGAGAGGGCCUUUGGAAGUACGUCUGCAGACUGGACGACCGCUGCACCUUGAUUAAUGGAGAGAAGGUCCUUCCCAUACCCAUCGAGGGCUGCAUUCGCCAGGACGAAAACGUGAAAGAAGCCUGUGUUUUCGGCGAGCGCAGAAGUUUGCCUGGUGUCUUGGUUAUCAAGGCUGAUAGGGCGUCUCAUGUCCCCGACAGCGAAUAUCUGGAUCGUAUCUGGCCAGCUGUGGAGGCGGCGAAUGCGAGGGCCGAGACGUUUUCCCGCAUUCCCAAAGAGCUCGUGGUCGUUUUGCCGGCUGACACAGGGUACCCGAAGACAGAUAAAGGAACUUUUGUUCGGAUUCCCAUGUACAGACAAUUCGACACUCAAAUCAACGCUGCAUAUGAUGAAUUCAAGAACAAGCAGGGGGGAGGCAACGUUUGUCUUUCGGGAAGCGACUUGGAAGACUUUCUUAUUCACAGAGUAAAUGACCAGCUUGGGGUUGAGAUGACUUCCGCUGAGCAAGAAUUUUUCGCGUCCGGGAUCGACAGUUUGCAAUGCAUGCAGAUAUGGAACCUGAUGAAAAGAGAGCUGGAUCUAGGUGGACGACAGGCCGAGCUUAGCCCGAACGUGAUGUACGAGACGGGAACCGUCAAGAAGCUCGGGCGAUAUUUGACUGCGUUGAGGACGGGAGAGGAGACUGCCGUGGAUGAUGAGUUGGACAAGAUGGAGGAUUUGAUAGCACGCUACUCCUUGUUCAAGCCUCAUGUUGGGAGCGGCUCUGCAGCACCACGGAAAGAAACUGUGCUUUUGACGGGGACGACGGGUGGCCUCGGUGCCCAUGUACUGGCACAAUUGGUCGCAAGACCCAGUGUUGCCGCUGUUUGGAGCAUGGUCCGGGCAGCGGACGACGCCGCUGCCGAUCAGCGGAUCAAGAACUCACUGAAGACCCGGGGGUUGCAACUCAGUCAAGAACAAAUGGCCAAAGUCAUUCCUGUGGCGUGUGAUCUCGGUCGUACAGAUCUAGGAUUGGAUCCUGAAAGGCUCUCCCGGCUGUUGAAUAGUCUCACUUGCUGUAUCCACAGCGCUUGGGCAGUCAACUUCAACAUCCCUGUGCAAAGCUUUGAGAACCAGCACAUCAAGGCCACCCACAAUUUGAUCCAGUUGUGUCUAUCGGUGUCGACUCCGCAACCGGCCUGCUUCUUUUUUUGCUCGUCCGUCUCGGCUGCGGCGGGGAGCCCGCGUCCUGGAACUGUACCCGAAGGCCCAGUAAGCUCCCCUACAUUUGCGCAAAAGACUGGGUACGCCAGAUCCAAAUAUGUGACAGAACAUAUAACGCGCAACGCGAACAAGAGCGCAAAUGCUCCAGCACGAGUCCUUCGUGUCGGUCAGCUUGUGGGUGAUAGCCAAGUAGGGCAGUGGAAUGCCUCCGAAGGGAUCCCCAUGAUGAUACAGACGGCUGUGACUCUGGGGGCUCUUCCUGCUCUUGAUGAGGAAAUGACCUGGCUUCCUGUGGACUACGCUGCGGCAGUAGUGCUCGACCUAGCCAAGAUUCCAAGUGAGGUCGAUGUAACAAUUACAAAAGACCGCAGCACAAUUCGUGAUCCAGAAUUAGUCUACCAUGUUCUUAACCCACAUCGAUUCCACUGGACGAGGGAAAUGAUACCGGCAUUGGCGAAGGCCGGCCUCCAGUUCGAGCUUCUCCCUACUAAUCAGUGGAUGGAUCGACUGAGACAGUCGGAAAAAGAUCCUGUAAAGAACCCUCCGAUCAAGCUGCUCAAUUGGUUCGAAGGGAAAUACGGUUCUGCAGAAAGCUCGUCAAAGACCGAGACGCUUGAAUAUCUGACGAGCGAGACCUUGAAAGCAAGCCCGACACUGGGUGCGCUACCCAAAGUCACAGAUGAGGAAUUCAUUAAGUGCAUGAUUAAUAGGUUGAAGGAGGAUUGGAACGGCAUAGGAAGGUGA